AUGUUCCCCCUUUCUUUAGAUCUACCCAGAGCUACACUAACUGUAGAACCAGAGAGUCCUGUGUUCGCUGGAGAGCCAGUCACUCUGAAGUGUGAGAUAGAAUCUUGUUACUGGAAAUAUCAGUGGUAUCAAGGCUACAGCAGCAAUGUAGUCCAUCAGUCUCAGACAAACACCUUCACCAUCAGUUCAGCAGCAGAUCAGGAUCAGUACUGGUGUAAAGGUGAGAGCGAUAACAGCCCCACAUCAUCACAACUCAGCAAUCCCGUUACUCUUACAGUGAAAGAUUUACCCAGAUCUACACUGACUGUAGAGCCCAAAUGGAGUCCUGUGUUCACUGGAGAGUCAGUCACUCUGAAGUGUGAGAUAGAGUCUUACAGUAACUGGAGAUAUCAGUGGUAUAAAGGCAGCAGUAGCACUGCAGUCAAUCAGCCUCAGACAAACACCUUCACCAUCAGAUCAGCAGCAGAUCAGGAUCAGGAUCAGUACUGGUGUAGAGGAGAAAGGGAUGAGAGACCAACAUCAUCACAACCCAGCAAUACUGUUACUCUCACAGUGAAAGAGAGACCAAAAGCUGUGGUGUCUAUAAAUUCUGACAAACAGGUGUUCAGAGGAGAGACUGUCACUCUCAGGUGUGACAUACAGGGAGAAGGUGUCUCUAACUGGCAGUACAGCUGGUUUAAAGAUGGUUCAUCCACUCCGGUCAGUAAUGAACAGCAGUACACAAUCAGCUCCGUUACCAAGUCUUACAGUGGAAAAUACACCUGUAGAGGAACAGAGAGAGAAACAUCACGCUACUCACACACCAGUGAUGCUGUUACACUGACUGUAUCAGAAAAACCUAAACCUGAACUCACAUCAAGCCAUAAAGGAGCUGCACUGAUAGGAAAUCCAGUGGUUCUGUACUGUAAGCUAGAUCAGUCUGCUGGAUGGAAGUUUUACUGGUUCAAACACACACAGAACCCUGAGAAUGAGACCAAGACUGAAACACACUCCUACACCAUCAGCUCAGUCAGUGUCUCUGAAGGAGGACAGUACUGGUGCAGAGCUGGGAGAGGAAACCCAGUCUACUACACUCACUACAGUGAUGCCCUCUGGAUGAACGUCACUCAUGGUGCUGUUAUCCUGGAGAGUCCUGUUCAUCCUGUAUCUGAGGGAGAUCCUCUGACUCUGCGCUGUUUAUAUCGCCACACAAAGCCCUCAAACCUCACAACUGAGUUCUAUAAAGACGGUUCACUCCUCCAGACUCAGACUACAGGAGAGAUGACCAUCCUUACUGUCUCAAAAAAGAGGGGGGGGGGAUGGAUGAAGCUGUCCCCCAGUCUGCUGGUCCUGGCCCAGAGACUCCGCAGUCUCCUCCCUGAUGGCAGCAGGCUGAAGAAGCUGUGUAGUGGUGUCUUGCGGCAGCACACGGUGCAGGCGCCGUACCACACGGUGAUGCAGCUGGUCAGUAUGCUCUCGAUGGAGAGGUCCUCUGUGACAUGCACACCCAGGAACUUGGUGCUUUUCACCCUCUCCACAGCAGCACCGUUGAUGGUCAGAGGAGCAUGCAGGGUACACAUUCUCCUGAAGUCCACAACGAUCUCCUUCGUCUUCUCAAAGUUCAGAUGGAUUGUUGUGUCUACACCACAAAGCCAGGCGGCUCACCUCACCCCUGCAGUUUGUCUCAUCGUUGUUGCUGAUGAGACCCACUACAGUCGUGUCGUCUGCGAACUUGAUGAAGAGAUUGGAGUUGUGCAACGGCUCCGUGUAUCUCUGCUGUCGCUGAAGCGAUGGGCUAUCCUCCGGGAGUACUGCCUCUUUGCCUUUCUGAUGCCGCAGGACGGGUUGGUCCUAGCUGCCCUCAGGCCCACCUCAUCUCCUGCUGAGAAGGCAGCAUUCCUGGCCUUCAAUCUACCCAGAGCUACACUGACUGUAGAGCCCAAAUGGAGUUUUGUGUUCACUGGAGAGUCAGUCACUCUGAAGUGUGAGAUAGAGUCUUACAGUAACUGGAGAUAUCAGUGGUAUAAAGGCAGCAAUAGUACUGCAGUCAGUCAGUCUCAGACAAACACCUUCACCAUCAGAUCAGCAGAAGAUCAGGAUCAGGAUCAGGAUCAGUACUGGUGUAGAGGAGAGAGAGAUAACAGACCCUCAUCAUCACAACUCAGCAAUCCUGUUACUCUCACAGUGAAAGCUUUACCCAGAGCUACACUGACUGUAGAGCCCAAAUGGAGUCCUGUGUUCACUGGAGAGUCAGUCACUCUGAAGUGUGAGAUAGAGUCUUACAGUAACUGGAGAUAUCAGUGGUAUAAAGGCAGCAGUAGCACUGCAGACUAUCAGUCUCAGACAAACACCUUCACCAUCAGAUCAGCAGAUCAGGAUCAGGGUCAGUACUGGUGUAGAGGAGAGAGAGAUAACAGACCCUCAUCAUCACAGCUCAGCAAUACUGUUACUCUCACAGUGAAAGAUCUACCCAGAGCUACACUGACUGUAGAGCCCAAAUGGAGUUUUGUGUUCACUGGAGAGUCAGUCACUCUGAAGUGUGAGAUAGAGUCUCACAGUAACUGGAGAUAUCAGUGGUAUAAAGGCAGCAAUAGUACUGCAGUCAGUCAGUCUCAGACAAACACCUUCACCAUCAGAUCAGCAGAAGAUCAGGAUCAGGAUCAGGAUCAGUACUGGUGUAGAGGAGAGAGAGAUAACAGACCCUCAUCAUCACAACUCAGCAAUCCUGUUACUCUCACAGUGAAAGAGAGACCAAAAGCUGUGGUGUCUAUAAAGCCAGAUGCACAAGUGUUCAAAAGAGAGACUGUCACUCUCAGAUGUGACAUACAGGGAGAAGGUGUCUCUAACUGGCAGUACAGCUGGUUUAAAGAUGAUUCAUCCACUCCGGUCAGUAAUGAACAGCAGUACAGAAUCAGCUCUGUUACAGAGACUAAUGGUGGAAAAUACACCUGUAGAGGAACAGAGAGAGAAACAUCACGCUACUCACACACCAGUGAAGCUGUUACACUGACUGUAUCAGGUGAGUAUAUCUCUCCUGCAGUGUCUCUGAUGGUCAGUCCCAGCAGAUCUCAACACUUUAGUGCUGACUCUCUCUCACUGAGCUGUGAGGGACAGAGUGACUCUAUUGGAUGGAGAGUGAGACGAUACACACACAGUGAGAAGGUGUCAGAUUGUUCAUCAGGCUGGGGAUCAGUUACAGGAUCUACAUGCAACAUCCAGUUCCUUUACCCAACCCACACUGGAGUGUACUGGUGUGAGUCUGAAUCUGGAGAGAGCAGCAAUCCUGUCAACAUCACAGUGCACAGUGAUGAUGUAAUUCUGGACAGUCCUGUUCAUCCUGUGACUGAGGGAGAUCCUCUGACUCUGCGCUGUUUAUAUCACCACACAAAGCCCUCAAACCUCACAGCUGAGUUCUAUAAGAAUGGAUCACUCCUCCAGACUCAGACUACAGGAGAGAUGACCAUCCAUACUGUCUCAAAGUCAGAUGAAGGUCUCUACCACUGUAAACACCCAGAGAGAGGAGAGUCACCACAGAGCUGGAUCUCAGUCAGAGGUCUGUCCAAUUCAGGAGCUUCAUUCUCAGUGUUCAGUCUGCUCAGUAGUUUAAUGGCAGCGUCUCCGUAUCUGCUGGUGUCCAUCAUACUGGCACUCAAAUGCUACAAAGCUCGAGCUAAACCUGAGGAAACUAACAGAACAGAAGCAGCAACAGAAGCUGAAGAAUCUUGCUGA